AUGGCAUCCACAACAAGCGGUCGAAUCUCCGACGUCAAUAAGGAGGAGCUAGGCAAAAUAGGGUCGAAGAUUGACGAUAUUCUGGCAAUUUGUUUAGCCAGUUUUGAUAAUUUGCGAGAUCUCGGGUUCAAAUUUCAGUAUGAACAGGCCGCGGAAAAAGCAGCGCACCAAAGUGGCGAAACUAAACCCGACCCAAUGGUGCAGCUCGCGCACGUGCUGUACCGGAUGGUUGACCUGACAUUAGGCACUGCUAAAACGGUUUACGAUCAAACGUUAGCGGAGUGGAGGCGACGAAAAUGCGAAAGUGAGAGAAAAUCGCCUACGUCUCCCCUGGCGUCCUCGCAAUCAUUGACUUCUCCCGAAGCGCUGCGUAACAGCAGCGUGGCGGACUUCAACGAAGGCUCGUCAGCAUGGGUCGAACGCGGCGCUCAUCUGUCCCUUCUCUCUCUGGAAGUUCUCUCGUCCAUAUUGCUUGCGCAUGCCGCACUGCGCAAAAGCAUUCAGAAGUACAUGCUUGAUUAUGACAUUCUAGACUAUCUGGAGAAGAUUUUUGGGAUGGAGCGUGACCAUGAACUGUCUUUCUUUCCCGAAGGGUUCAAGACGGAGUGCAUGCGCCUCGUCGCAAACCUGACAUACGAAAAUAACGACGUUAGCCUUGCCCUUGCGGGCCGUGACGCGUUCCUGUUCAGCAUCCUUUCCGCCACGCGCAUUGACGAGGAAAAUCCUGGAAUGGUCGAGUGGGCCGAAUUUGCCAUCCGAAACAUUUGCGAAUCGUCAGCCGCCGCGAGGGAAAAGAUACGCAAGCUGUCACCUCAAGGAUUGACUGAGGACAGCCGUGCGAUGCUUGGUGGGCGAUACAACUGCUCUUUUUCAAACAGCGGCAAAUUCCAGGCUCAAGCGUCAAAAUGA